UCAUUCAUGAGCUGCUUGUUUACCCAAUUCAAGUAGCAACCCCAAAACCUUAUAAUUUAUUUCCAUUCAGACAGUUUGUUUCUUCACCACACCUCAUCCAUGGCACUUGUGAGAGCAACUCAACAAACCUCCUCUUCUAAUACUUCUCGAUCUUGUCGUUAUCAUGUGUUCCUCAGUUUCAGAGGUGAAGACACUCGCAAGACUUUCACUGACCACCUCUUCACAGCCUUGGUCAAUGCCGGAUUUCGCACUUUCCGAGACGACGAUGAGCUGGAGAGAGGAGAAGAUAUUAAGCCCGAACUCCAGAAAGCAAUCAAACACUCAAGAACUUCUGUUAUUGUGUUUUCGAAAGACUACGCGUCGUCCAGAUGGUGCCUUGACGAGCUUGUGAUGAUCCUUGAACGCAAGAGGACCUCACCUGACUAUGUCGUUUUACCUGUCUUCUACGACGUGGAUCCAUCCCAUGUGCGGAAGCAGACAGGAAGUCUUGCAAGGGCAUUUGCUACACACCAAAAAUCUCAACACCGGAAGAAGGUGAAGGCAUGGAAGGACGCACUUGCAGAGGUUGCAGAUCUGGCAGGGAUGGUCUUACAAAAUCAAGCUGAUGGGUACGAGUCAAAGUUUAUCAAGAAAAUAAUUAACGAGAUCGGAGACAAACUAAGUCGCACAACCUUAAGUAUUGCCCCCAACAUGAUUGGAAUGCAUUCCCGAGUGGAACCCAUUAAUCUUUGGAUACAAGACAGAUCAACUCGUGUUGGCAUACUACUAAUCUACGGGAUGAGUGGAAUAGGGAAAACAAGCAUUGCAAAAUUUGCUUAUAAUUCAAACUUUACAAGGUUUGAAGGAAGCAGCUUCCUUGAAAACAUCAAAGAAAUUUCACAGCAACCCAAUGGCUUAGUUCAAAUACAAACACAGCUUCUUUCUGAUAUUUUGAAUGGGAGAAAAAUGAAAAUAAGCAAUGUUAGUGAAGGAUUAACUAAGAUUGAAGAUGCAAUAAGCUCUAAGAGGGUUCUCCUUGUUCUUGAUGAUGUGGAUCAUAUGGACCAAUUAGAUGCAGUACUUCGGAUGAAAGAUCGAUUUUGUCCAGGAAGUAAAAUCAUAAUAACAACUAGGCGUGCAAAAUUGUUAAAGGCUCAUCAAGUUACUAAAGUGCAUGCAGUUGAAACUUUGCAUUACAAAGAAUCAUUGGAGCUCUUCAGUUGGCACUCUUUUGGCCAGGACCAUCCCAUAGAAGGUUACAUAGAAUAUUCGAAAAAGUUUGUGGAUCAUUGCGGAGGACUUCCAUUGGCUCUUAAAGUUUUAGGUUCUUCUCUGUUGGGGGAAGGUAUAGAUGUAUGGAAAAGUGCAUUGGAUAAGUUAGAAGUUAUUCCAAAUGAUGAAAUAAUAAAUAAACUAAGAGUAAGCUACAACUCUUUGCAAGAUGACCAUGACCGAAAAUUAUUCCUCCACAUUGCUUGUUUCUUUAUUGGAAAGGACAAAGACUGCAUUGUUAAAAUACUAGAUGGAUGUGAUUUCUAUACAAUUGUUGCCAUUCAAAAUCUCAUCGAUAGAUGUUUGGUGACAAUUGAUAAAUAUGACAAGGUGCAGAUGCAUGACCUGAUUCGUGGAAUGGGAAGAGAAAUUGUUCGUUUAGAAUCAGAGGAGCCUUGGAAGCGUAGUAGAGUUUGGCGUCAUAAGGAUUCCUUCAAAAUCCUGGCAGAAAAGAAUGGUACAGAAGCAAUUGAAGGUCUUGUCCUCGAGAUGCAUAUGCUCCCUAGAAACUGUCUCAUAAACCCAAACGAGAUAGUCUUGGAAACCAAUGCAUUUGCAAGGAUGCAUGAACUAAAACUACUACAUCUCAGUCAUUUACAACUCGACGGAUGUUAUGCAGAAUUUUGUACAGGAUUAAGAUGGUUGUGUUGGCUUAAAUUUCGUUUGGAUUCUAUGCCCAUCGAUUUUCCUUUGGGGAGCCUGAUUGUUCUUGAAAUGCAAUAUAGCCGCUUAAGACAAGUCUUUGAAGGAACAAAAUGUCUUCCCUCAUUGAAGAUCCUUGAUCUCAGCCAUUCUCAUUCACUUACAGAAACCACCGACUUCUCAUUUUGCCCAAAUCUAGAGAAAUUGGUUCUUGUAGAUUGUGUAAGCCUGGUUGAUGUCAAUGGAUCCGUUGGGAAUCUUGAGAGACUUGUUUACUUGAGUAUGAAGGAUUGCAAAAAUCUUAGGAUGCUUCCAGAGAACAUGUUUAUGCUAAAAUCACUUGAAACACUUAUAAUAUCUGGUUGCACAAAUCUUAAUGAGUUAUCAAUUGAGAUGUUAAGGAACAUGGAAUCUCUGAAAGUGUUCGAGAUAGAUGAAAUCCCGAUAACUCAAUUAUGGCGAGGAAGAAGUUCAUGUAUCUGGAGUUCUUUCCCAUGCUCUUUAGUAAAUUUAAGUGUUUGGGGGUGCAAUCUUUCGGAUGAUACCUUUCCCAGGGAUUUUAGUAAUCUAUCUUCAUUGCGAAGACUAAACGUAGGGAAUAAUCCAAUUUGUAGCCUGCCAAAUUGCAUCCAAGGUUUAACAAGGCUCGAUAAACUCUCUUUUAAACAGUGUACAAGGCUCAAAUCGCUUGUGGGUUUACCAAAACUACAUGUCUUGAAUAUCAGAGAUUGCAUAUCAUUGGAAAAAAUUACAUAUCAGUACUUUCAAGGCAAAGAGCAUAAUACCUCUCUGGGUUUCAACCGCAACCUAGUUGAGUGGGAGGACAGGUUCAAGCUAGAACCCAUUGGAAGAGUUGAUGUAGAUAUGAUCAACCUUUUGGGCUUGUGCAACUUGGAAUCCAUGGCACCCAUUCGGAUGCACAAACGAUACAGUAAUUCAAUAGAGGGUGAUCGAAGUCCUGUCCAGGGGCUGUAUGAAAAGGGUAUAUUCAGCACAUUUUUUAGUGGGAAUGAGGUUCCAGGCCAAUUCAGCCAUAAAAGUAGAGGGUCCUCAAUAUCUUUUACUGUGCCUUUGCUUGAUAAUCACAGAAUUAAAGGCUUGAUCGUCUGUGCUGUCUAUGCAAGUUCGGGCUCUGAUUUUCCUUACAAUCGUAUGACUGAUUUUAAAUGGAUUGGUGGGCAAAUGAUUACUAGAGUCAGAAAUAAGAGCCAGGGUCUGAAGUGGUACUGUAAGCCAUCAUUCUACGGCAUCCCGGGUGAAGGAGAAGACAUAAUAUGGUUAAGCCACUGGAAGUUUAAGCACUUAGAAGGUGGCGAUCAAGUGGUUGUUUCAGUACGUAUGGCACAUUUCUUUCAGGUAAAGGAGUUGGGGAUCCAGUUUGUGCAGGUGGAACAAGAGAGUAAUAAUAUGAUGAGUACCACCGUUUAUCCUGUUUAUCCAAGUUUUAUGAGUCGCUUAGAUUACUUGUUCAAUGAUGAGGACUCUGAUGAAGAUACAAGAGACAAUGAAGAAGAGCAACAGGAUGAUCGCUCAAUUGCAGCCCCCACAGGCAGUAAUAACUGCAGCAGCUUCCUCCAUGGCUGGAAGGUGCUCAUCACCGCAGCUUGCAAGCUCGCGCUUUCUCUCUCACGCAGACAGAAGCAACAGUAAAAAAGCCGUGGCUGAAUUAUUAGGACAUCUAAACUCGUUUCAUAGCAUCAAAUACAUCUAGGGAAUAGGUAUUCGUCUAUACCAAUAAUUGGCAACUGUCAAUGCAUAUCAAGAACAUCCACUUUUCUUAUAAA